AUGACCAGGGCGGCCGCGGCAACGCGCGUUCAACGCCUGACAUGCGCGCACCAUGUGAAUAUUAUACAAAACUUUUACGCGCGUAGAACGCGCGUUCUACGCGCGCUUAGCACUUGUCAUCUCAUCGAUUUGCCUCGCAUCGUGCGCCUUGUUGCUGAUUUUCUUGGUAAAGAGUAUAAUGAUGAACAAAUUGCUGGCUUAUGCACACAUCUCCAUAUUGAUAACUUUAAAAAAAACUCUUCUGUCAACAUGGAUGAAAUGAAGGAGUUGAACAUGUUUUUACCGAAUGAAACUUUUGUUAGAAAGGGCAAAACCGGGGGUUGGCGUGAGUACUUCGAUAACGAAAUGGCCCAGGAAGCUGAACGCUGGAUCACGGAUAACUUGAAAGACACUGACCUACGAUUUCCACCCGCACAAUAA